CUUAAAAACUCUUUUAAGUCAAUGCCUCCUCACUCGUUUCCUUAUUAGUAGUUGUUGUUACAACUCUCUGCGAAAUUUUCAUUUACUUCUUUUCAACGUCACACUUUUUUUCAUCUACUAUUUAUAAUUUCUGUUUGUUUUUUUUUUCCUUAUCAGCGAUUUUUUAAAUCAGACAAAAAAACGAAUAAUAUCUCUUCUAUUUUUCUCUUUUUCUUAUAUUCGAUAUUUAAUACAAAUUGGGUUACUAGAAAAAUCAUUUUCUCUUUGCACAUAAGUCAACUCUUCUCUCUCUCUCUCUCUCUCUCUUUAAUUACUUCUUUCACCUUCUCUGAUUUUUUCUUCCAUUGAUGAAUCAAUCUCAUAUUGAAUUUUCUCAAAUCGUCUAUUGACUUUGAAACUCCUUGGAAAAAAAAAAAGUUUCUUUGAUGGGUAACGGAGUAACAAAACUGAGUAUGUGUUUCACAGGCGGAGGCGGAGGAGGAGAACGUUACCGGAAUCAAAAAAACAUCUCUGUUCUUCUACCGGAUCCUUUAGACGAAGGUUUAGGUCACUCCUUCUGCUACGUACGUCCCGAACCAACUCUAAUCUCAUCAUCCUCAAAGGUUCAUUCAGAGGAAGAUACAACGACGACCAUGUUCCGUACAAUCUCCGGCGCUUCCGUAAGCGCCAACACAGCUACUCCUCUCUCAACUUCUCUCUACGAUCCGUACGGUCACAUAGACCGAGCCGCCGCAUUCGAGAGCACGACUUCGUUUUCUUCAAUCCCUCUUCAGCCGAUCCCUAAAAGCUCCGGUCCGAUCGUUUUAGGCUCGGGUCCGAUCGAAAGAGGGUUCCUUUCAGGUCCGAUCGAGAGAGGGUUCAUGUCGGGUCCUCUUGAUCGGGUCGGGUUAUUCUCAGGUCCGCUUGAUAAGCAAAACUCCUCCGAUCAUAAUCAUCAUCAGUUCCAACGUAGCUUCUCUCACGGUUUAGCUUUACGGGUCGGGUCAAGAAAACGAUCUUUAGUUCGGAUCCUCCGUAGAGCAAUCUCGAAGACUGUUUCUAGAGGGCAAAACUCCAUCGUUGCUCCGAUCAAAUCCGUUAAAGAUUCCGAUCAUUGGGGACUCAAGUCGGAGAAAAGCCGAAACUUGCAGCACAACGAGAACCUCACAGUGAACAGUUUGAACUUUAGCAGCGAAGUAAGCUUAGACGACGACGUUUCGCUCGAAAGCCAGAAUCUUCAGUGGGCUCAGGGUAAAGCCGGUGAGGAUCGAGUACACGUGGUUGUAUCUGAGGAGCACGGUUGGCUUUUCGUUGGAAUCUACGACGGAUUCAACGGUCCAGAUGCGCCGGAUUAUCUUCUCUCUCAUCUUUACUCCGUACUCCAUAAGGAGCUUAAAGGUUUGUUAUGGGAUGAUGAAUCCAAAUCUCAGAAUCUAGAAAGAACCAACGGAGACGAAUCGUGUUCAAAUAAUGAGCGAUGGUGGAGAUGUGAGUGGGAUCGUGAGAGUCAAGAUCUUGACCGUCGGUUAAAGGAACAGAUAAACCGGAGACAAAGUGGUGGUGGGUCUGAUCGGUUGACGAAUCAUUCCGAGGUUUUGGAAGCUCUGUCUCAAGCUCUGAGGAAAACAGAGGAAGCUUACUUAGAUACUGCAGAUAAGAUGCUGGAAGAGAAUCCUGAGUUAGCUUUGAUGGGUUCUUGUGUGCUUGUCAUGUUGAUGAAAGGUGAAGAUAUUUAUGUGAUGAACGUUGGGGAUAGUAGAGCUGUGCUUGGUCAGAAGUCAGAGCCUGAUUACUGGUUAGCUAAGAUUAGACAGGAUUUGGAACGGAUCAAUGAAGAGACCAUGAUGAAUGAUUUGGAUGGUUGUGAGGGUGAUCAAGUCCCGAAUUUAUCGGCUUUUCAGCUCACUGUUGAUCACAGCACAAAUAUAGAAGAAGAAGUUGAGAGAAUCAGAAACGAGCAUCCGGAUGAUGCUACAGCUGUGACGAAUGAACGGGUUAAAGGCUCGUUGAAGGUUACAAGAGCGUUUGGUGCCGGUUUCCUAAAGCAGCCUAAGUGGAACAAUGCGCUUCUUGAGAUGUUCCAAAUUGAUUACGUAGGGAAGUCUCCGUACAUUAACUGCUUACCGUCUCUCUACCACCAUAGAUUAGGGUCCAAGGACCGGUUUCUAAUACUAUCAUCAGACGGACUCUACCAAUACUUUACAAACGAAGAAGCGGUUUCAGAGGUUGAGCUCUUCAUCACAUUACAACCUGAAGGAGAUCCAGCUCAGCAUCUUGUGCAAGAGCUUUUGUUUAGAGCUGCUAAGAAAGCUGGUAUGGAUUUCCAUGAAUUGCUAGAGAUACCACAAGGUGAACGAAGACGAUACCAUGAUGAUGUUUCAAUAGUAGUGAUCUCUUUAGAAGGAAGAAUGUGGAAAUCUUGUGUAUAAAAAAAAAUAAUCCUUAUCAUGGAGAAAGAGAUCGAUCUCUCAUCGGCUCUGAAUCAUGUAUAAUGUUGAUAAACAGAGAAUAAAAAAAAAAAGUUUUGGCAAACUAAUUAGGAACCCUCCUUAGUGUGUCAUAAAUUAGUGGUCAAAGGUUGGUUCUUUGAAUGUAAGUUUCUUCCAACUACUAACUGUAUGUGAAUAGAGAAGUUAAUGAAGGAAUUGAAAGAGGUUUGGUAAUUGGUAGUAUGAGAUAAUGAGUUACGUAGCAGUAGUGGUAGUGGUUCAGGAAGUUAUGCACUUUCCCUAACAUUUAAUUCACUUCCUCUCUCUGUUUU